AUGAGCGCGUGCGGCAAAUGGGGGGGUCGGUGGCGGUGGCGACAAGCGCUGCAGCUGUUCACAGAACUGCGCGAUUCGAAAUUGGAGCCGACAUUGAUCAGCUACAGCGCUGGGAUCAGAGCCUGCGAGAGAGGUGGGCAGUGGCAGCGUUCACUGCUGCUGCUAAGGCAGUUGCAGGAGGCACAGUUAAAUCCAGAUCUGAUCAGCUUUACUGCUGGAAUUAGCGCGUGCGAGAGAAGCGGGCAAUGGCAGCAUGCGCUGUCGUUGCUCAAAGAAUUGCGUGAAGCAAACUUGAAGCCAGGGUUCGCCGCCUACAUUGCCGGGAUCAGCGCAUGCAGAGAUUUCGGCUCGUGGCGGCAUGCGACGUCGCUGUGGGACGAGUUGCGGGACGCGAGGUUGGAGUUGGAUUUUGCCGACUACGUCGCUGCAAUCAUGACGUGCGGGGACGAGUGGCAGCGGGCGCUUGCGCUGCUGAGCGAGCUGCGCGGAGCGAGGCUGGAGCCUGACUUCGUCAGCUACAGCGCUGCGAUCAGCAGCUGCGAGGAGGGCGGGCAGCGGGAGCGGGGCCGAACGCUGCUCGGCGAGCUGCAGGAGGCGCUGCUGGAGCCCAGCGCCGCCGGCUACAGCGCCGCGGCGAGAGCGUGCGACAAGAGCGGGCGGUGGCGCCAGGCGCUGUCGUUGCUCCGCGAGUCGCGGGAGGCUCGACUGGAGCCAGGCUCCCCCGAUCGUGGUCCGCCGGCGUGGCCAUCCCUGCAGCGUCUGCCCCCAGCUGCGUCGCGAGGAGGGGCCCUGCCUCGAUGGGGCUCCUCGGGCCCUCCCGUGGCGCGCCGGGCGGCCCCGAGGAGCCCCCACCCUUCCCCCUGA